ACAGGAGCCACUGCCAUGGCUGUAGGCAAUAUCAACGAGCUGCCUGAGAACAUCUUACUGGAACUCUUCACCCACAUACCGGCCCGCCAGCUGCUGCUGCGUUGCCGACCUGUCUGCAGUCUCUGGCGAGACCUCAUUGACCUGGUGACACUCUGGAAACGCAAGUGCCUUCGAGAGGGCUUCAUCACAGAGAACUGGGACCAGCCUGUGGCUGACUGGAAGAUCUUCUACUUCCUGCGAAGCCUCCGAAGGAACCUCCUUCACAACCCAUGUGCGGAAGAGGGAUUUGAGUUCUGGAGCCUGGAUGUGAACGGAGGUGAUGAGUGGAAGGUGGAAGACCUCUCCAAAGACCAGCGGAAGGAAUUCCCCAAUGACCAGGUCAAGAAAUACUUCGUGACUUCCUAUUACACCUGCCUCAAGUCCCAGGUGGUGGACCUCAAAGCUGAAGGGUAUUGGGCAGAGCUGAUGGAUGCCACCCGACCGGACAUCGAGGUCAAAGACUGGUUCGCAGCCAGACCAGACUGUGGGUCCAAGUACCAGCUGUGCGUACAGCUCCUGUCAUCGGCACACGCACCACUGGGAACCUUCCAGCCAGACCCCACAACGAUCCAGCAGAAGAGCGAUGCCAAGUGGAGGGAGGUUUCACACACAUUCUCCAACUAUCCUCCCGGCGUCCGCUACAUCUGGUUUCAGCACGGAGGCGUGGACACUCACUACUGGGCCGGCUGGUACGGCCCUAGAGUCACCAACAGCAGCAUCAUCAUCGGGCCCCCGCUGCCCUGAUGCCCCUGAGCCCCUAUCCUCGGAGCCCUAAUU